AUGUCCGAUGCCCCUGCUGGCCAGCAAAGUGGAAAUGCAGGUGCUUGUUGGCUUGAUUCGGGGAAGAAGUUCUCUGGCUUAAUUUCUGAUACCAUGAGGCGGUACCCCUCAGCUGGUGAUGUGACAAGCCCGCCUGCUUUCAUCCGUAGUGGUGACAACCGUGAUAUCGAGGUUGUCCAGCAUUCUGCGAGCCUGUCUUCCACCUACAGCAACAGGCCACUCCCAAUGCAAGCUCUGGCUAUUCCUGGGUACCGGGGGCACAUCUCGGGGAAGGUUGCAGAAAACGUUCAUGGGGGCACCUUCUCCUCAGAGAACCAGCUUGCCACACAGGCACUUCCCUUCAGGUCUAUGCGGCGGACUUGGUCAGAGCCGUUCAGGAAACAGCAUUGCGACUCUGCGUUGGGCACAGGCAAAGGGCUAGAGGUUCCUUCCAGGAUUCCUGGCUACGGAGGGAACAUUCCAGGGAAGCUGUCAGAGACAGUUCAUGGUUCCCGCUUUGCUGAAGCGAAUGCCACGGCCCAGUCUCUUCGAACACUCAAUCCCGCUGUCACUUGCGAUGGCUGGUUGAAGCGUGGUGUGUGGCCGGUUGACCGAAUGCACACAUACCAGUGGAACAACCGCUUUGUACAAACAGGCGGCCAGGCCAGUGCGGUCACAUUCCUGAAAUUCAAGAAUGCAAGAUGGGUGGAUCCAAAAGCCCACUACUGCCAGAGAGUUCUUGUAGUGUUUGCCAAUGCUACUAGAGGCGCCAGAGUGACCUAA